GGGGCAUGUUUCCCCGCCUCCUCUCUGUGAACCGGAAUGAUAUGCUUUCACCUUGGGUGCAUAUCGCUGUGGAGAGCAGCCACACGUUUGAUUUCAUCUAGAAUUUGACAUUCAAAUGCAAGAUAAAUGUUACUGUAGCACCGCAGCGUGUCGGACUGUUCGUCAAACAGAUAGGAAACAUGAAGCAGGACGUCAGGAUUCUGUUAUUGGGGGAACCCAAGGUGGGGAAGACAUCACUCAUCAUGUCUUUGGUUGGAGAGGAGUUCCCAGAAGAGGUUCCUCUCAGAGCCGAGGAAAUCACCAUCCCUGCUGACGUGACUCCAGAGAAAGUGCCCACACACAUAGUGGACUACUCGGAAACAGAACAGAGUGAUGAAGUCCUUAAAAAUGAGAUCAUCAAGGCUAAUGUGGUGUGUGUUGUGUACGAUGUCACCAACGAGGACACGAUAGACAAGAUUAAAACUAAAUGGAUCCCUUUAGUUAACGGAGAUGCAGAGAAAGGAAACAAAGUUCCCAUCAUCCUCGUGGGGAACAAGUCUGAUCUGCGCUGCGGGAGCUCGAUGGAAACCAUUCUCCCCAUCAUGAACCAGUUCUCUGAGAUUGAGACGUGUGUCGAGUGUUCUGCGAAGAACUUAAAAAACAUUUCUGAGCUGUUCUACUAUGCACAGAAGGCGGUUCUGCACCCCACUGCCCCUCUUUAUGACCCUGAGGACAAACAGCUGAAGCCCCUGUGUGUCCGAGCCCUCAGCAGAAUAUUCUACAUCUCCGACCAGGACAAUGACCGUAUCCUCAGCGACGCAGAACUCAACUGCUUUCAGAAAUCCUGUUUUGGGAACCCUCUGGCACCUCAAGCCUUAGAAGACGUGAAGACUGUUGUUUGGAAGAACACCAGCGAUGGGGUGCAGGACAACGGCCUGACCCUUAAUGGUUUCUUGUUCCUUAACACAUUAUUUAUCCAGAGGGGCCGACAUGAAACCACGUGGACCAUCCUCAGGAAGUUUGGUUAUGACGACAACCUGGAGCUCACUGAUGAUUUCCUUUAUCCUGAAAUCCAAGUUCCUGUUGGCUGCACCACAGAGCUCAAUCCUUUAGGUUACCAGUUCCUCCAGCGGCAGUUCGACAAGUAUGAUGAAGACAAAGACUCAGCCCUGUCCCCAGCUGAGCUUAGGAACCUGUUUUGUGUGUGUCCUUACAUGCCGUGGGGGGCCGAGGUCUACCUGGCGGUCCCCACCACAGACGAGGGCUACAUCUCCAACCACGGCUACCGUUGUCAGUGGACGCUCUCUGCGUACUUUGACAUCCACCGUUGCCUGGAGCAUCUAGGAUAUCUAGGCUACCCUAUCCUCACUGAGCAGGAGUCCCAGACUGCCGCUGUCACAGUUACACAGGACAAAGAGGUGGAACUGGAGAAGCACCAGACACAGCGGUCAGUUUUUCUCUGCAAGGUGAUUGGACCGCAGGGGACAGGAAAGACGGCCUUCCUGCAGGCCUUUGUGGGUCGCAGCGUUGAGAAUAAGGGAAAUCCCAGCAGUGCCUUCUCCCCCUAUGCAAUAAACACUAUCCAAGUCAGCAACCAAGAGAAGUACCUCAUCCUCAAUGAGGUGGAUGUGGAGGUGGAGUUCCUGAAGGCAUCGGACGCCUCUUGUGAUGUCGCUUGUCUCAUGUAUGACGCCAGUGACCCACAUUCCUUCGACUAUUGUGCCAGUAUAUACAAGCAACACUACAUGGAGAGCAACAUCCCAUGUGUGCUGGUCGCCUCCAAGGUGGACCUUCCUGAAGUCAAGCAGUUCCACGGGAUGACUCCGGCCGAGUUCUGUUAUAAACACCAGCUGCCUCCCCCGCUGCCCUUCUCCAGCCUGUUCCUCGACUCCACCAGCAAGACCAUCUACUCCCGGCUGGCGUGGGCAGCAGUAUAUCCACACCUGAAUGGUUCAGACAUGAGCAACACGUCGUACUGGCUGAGAGUGGCGCUGGGCUCGGCUGUGGUUGCAGUUCUGGGCUUUGCCAUCUACAGAGCCGUGGCCAGACUGAAAUGAUCAACAACCAGCUGACGCUCCAUCCAUCCAUCAAGACCAAACCUCAGAGACCAGAGUCACAUCAUUUUACUUUUCACCUGCAAGCCUCCCAGGAAACUCGUCAUAUCUCUGCUCUUCUUUACCUUAUCCUACCCUCUGAGUCAGGUGAUCACAACAAAAUCAAUAGGAAAAUAGUGGUCAUAUUAUUGCCCUCGCUGCUUUUUUCGCCUCACGUUGCCCAACCAGGUUAAGUAGGAGCUAACCUCGGUGCAUUGAUACACAAAGAACUGUUCACAUCAGGUGCUUUAUCAGAGAGGAGGAAAUGCAGGAAAACAGUUAUUUCAUCUAUUGCUUUCCCCUCAAUUAUAUGUGAAAUGUUAAUGGUGAGAUUGGAGAGGUUUUUAUGUACAUGCAGUGUUUAUUAAGUAUAAUAUACAAAAAUGCCAAAUUGACUAGACUGAAGAACCAAAGGGCAACACAUGGAGCAUUUUAACCUAGCAUUCUGAUUGGCUGCCACUCAAUCUCCGCCAAUGAACUCACACUCUUCCCUCUGAUACUAAAUGUUCAAAUCUGAUUUGCCAAAUGACUCCAGCAGCAAUGACAAGUCAUAGCAUGUUAUUAGCUCCAAGGCAUAUUAUUUUUGCCUAUGAAUGAAACAUUUUAAAGUGUUUAGCAGUAAGGCCUCCAGUGAUGAGGAAGAAAUGUGCAUGAGGAGAAUGGUCCGAAAAUAUAUUCUCAUAAGGAGACAAGCAAACCUUUAAAAAUUACAAAAUGUUAAACGAAAAAACCUGGUUGAAUUAAUCUCUGCUUCCAAUCAGCUUCCUUCUGUUCAUAUUGAAAUGGUUGAUUUUGAUAGACUGAAAUAGCGUGAUGAUCUGUGAUUUUAUUCUAUUCACACACACCUGACACUGUGCAUUCACUUUGACCUUGUUACAUAAUCCGCCAUUGCAUUGUUUUCCGACAUGAGUCAGUCAUGUUAUGUACGUUCUCUUGCUCAGUUCAGCUGGGGACCUGCUGUUUCUGCAGAAUCCGCUUCUGUGACUUUUAAAAUAUGGCUGUUUUUCUUACUGAAAUUGAACUGAUUUGAGAUGCUUAAUAAAAGACCAGAUUAGACUGGGUGGGACCUUUUACCCAAAAGACGUUA